UGGACUGUUGCACUUCCUGACUCCUUGGCUUGGUCAUGGUCACCAGUUCUACCCACAAUGCCUGUGUUUUACUCACCGGUUCCCGAGAACCUGCAGAUGGGUCUGGCCUAUAUGGGAGGCUCUGUGUUCACCAACAACAGGACGGCAGACAGCGACUUCAGCAGGGAGCAGGAGGACACCUCUGUGGUCAACGAGUUGGCCUCCCACCUCCCCCUGCAGAUGCUGCUGUAUUUCAACAUGUUUUAUUUUCCCUGUUGGUGGUUUUCUGCUGUUUUCAUGCUGGAAGUAAAGUUCUAUUAUCUUCCCGGGUAUUACCAGGCUCUGCUCAUAACCGGAAUGAUCCUCCUCACGGUCAUUGAAGUGGUCCGACUUUAUCUGGGUUACAUUGGUAACCUUAAAGAAAAGGUGCCAGAGCUGGCAGCCUUCUGGCUCCUGUCUUUCAUGUUCCAGCUGCCAGUGCUGCUGUUCUUCCUGACCGAUGAAGGAAUUAUCAUCCUGCCUCUAGAGAGGGCUGUUCACUCCCUCUACCUCCUCUUCCUGCUUGCCCAGAUCCUGGCCUCCUUCUUGGCACUCAGGACCAUGACCCGGAAGCUCACCCUGCUCUUCCAUCUGCGCCAGUUUGGCAAGGUGGAGAGCUUGCGCCAUGCAGGCAUGAGCCCUGUCUAUGGGCUGCCCUACCACCGCAGCGUACUACCCAUGUCACCCACCCAUGAUAUGUACCAUUAAAGUAAAUCCAUUUUCUAUCAGCCCUACACAUUAAGAUAUUUUCAUAUUAGAUAUGUUUAAUUUACUGUAUUUUGUUUACUAAAGGUGCAUUAUGUGCUGAAUGCCUGAGAAUGAAUGGCAGUU